AUGUGGAGGGGUAUCGGCUACGGCGGCCUGCACAACCCAGCAGACCGCGGCGUAGGCCACAUCAACUACCAGCCCAAGGUCCGCGUUAUCGAGCGGUACAAGGUCGUCGGCUUCAUCAGCUCAGGAACCUAUGGCCGCGUCUACAAGGCCCUCGGCCGCCAGGGCCAGCCCGGCGAGUUCGCCAUCAAGAAGUUCAAGCCCGACAAGGAGGGCGAGCAGAUCUCUUACACAGGCAUUUCGCAGUCCGCCAUCCGCGAGAUGUCCCUGUGCAGCGAGCUGAAGCACGCCAACGUCAUCAAGCUCGUCGAGAUCAUCCUCGAGGACAAGUGCAUCUUCAUGGUCUUCGAGUACGCCGAGCACGACCUGCUGCAGAUCAUCCACCACCACACGCAGAACCCGCGCCACCCGAUCCCGCCGCAGACCGUCAAGAGCAUCAUGUUCCAGCUGCUCAACGGGUGCCAGUACCUCCACGCCAACUGGGUCCUGCACCGCGACCUCAAACCGGCCAACAUCAUGGUCACCUCCGCGGGCGAGGUCAAGAUCGGCGACCUGGGCCUCGCGCGGCGCUUCGACAAGCCGCUGCACUCGCUCUUCAGCGGCGAUAAGGUCGUCGUGACGAUCUGGUACCGCGCGCCCGAGCUCAUCCUCGGCUCGCGGCACUACACGCCCGCGAUCGACAUGUGGGCCAUCGGCUGCAUCUUCGCGGAGCUCCUCUCGCUGCGACCCAUCUUCAAGGGUGAAGAGGCCAAGAUGGACAGCAAGAAGACGGUGCCCUUCCAGCGCAACCAGAUGCAGAAGAUCGUCGACAUCAUGGGCCUGCCCACCAAGGAGCGCUGGCCGCUGCUGACCGCCAUGCCCGAGUACACGCAGCUCGGCACGCUGCAGCCGCCGAUGACGCCGCACCACCACGGCCACCACCGCGGGCACCACCACCAGCAGCCGCCGCCGGCGAACGGGUCGAACCUCGAGAAGUGGUACUACAGCACCAUCUCGCAGGGGCAGUCGAGCAGCGCGACGUCGGCGCCGAACGCGCCGAACGCGCCGCUGGCGAGCCUCGGCGCGGAGGGGUACAAGCUGCUGGCGAGUUUGCUGGAGUACGACCCCGUGGAGCGGCUGACGGCGGCGAAGGCGCUGCAGCACCCUUUCUUCUCGACGGGGGAUCGGUUGAACGCGCACUGUUUUGAGGGGCUGAAGAACGAGUACCCGCACAGGAGGGUCAGCCAGGACGACAACGAUAUCCGGACGAGUAGUCUGCCGGGGACGAAGAGGAGCGGGCUGCCGGAUGAUUCGUUGGCAAGGCCGGUGAAGAGGAUGAAGGAGAUGUAG